UGCUGGGGCACGAAACUGCUCCCUCAACUGCGGAUCUGGCGAUGCGCAAGAUCUCCCCCGACAACCAACCCGACAGGAUCGCACGCGCGCCCACUCGCAACACCAACUCGCUCACAAAGGCACUGCCGACGAUGGCCAUGUCCGGUACCGUCGUCAACCUCACGCCCAAGGGCACGACGCACCGGCUGUUGCCCAACCAAAGCAAGUCCAAGGUGCACCCGGAAGGCACGAUCGCGCCCAUCACCGCCUUUCAGCGCCGCGGCAUGGCGCUCCUCGAAAACAAGUCGUACGCCGCUUUGAUGAGUUUCAUCACGCUCUACUGCCUCUUUGCCGAUGACUUUCGAGCUGCCUUCUUCAGCAAGAGCGCCGACAUGGGCUUCUACGUCGUUGCGUUCCUCUGUCUUCUCCUCUUCCUCGUCGAGUUUGGCCUCUCGUGCCGCUGCAAACACGACUACCUCCUCUCGUUCUACUUUUACCUCGACGUUCUCGCAACCUUUUCGCUUCUGCCCGACAUUGGGUUCAUUUGGAACCCGCUGACCGACGCCGAGACGGUCUCGAGCGUCUCGCAAGCAGGCGCCAAGGCCGGGCGCAUCGUCCGCGUCGUCCGCGUCAUCCGACUCGUCCGCAUCGUCAAGCUCAUCAAGUGGAAGCACAGCACGGAAGAGUCGGACCUCGUCAUCGUCGAGAGCAAGACCGGCGGACGCAUGGCGGAAAUGACCACCCGCCGCGUUGUCAUGAUCGUGCUCUUCCUCUGCUUUGUGCUCCCGGCUUUUGACGGCGGCUACAACGAGCCCUUCAACCUCUUUGAGUCGCGUGGCUUUGACUUGAUCCACCAAAUGUCGACAACGCCGGCCGAUGUCUCGACUCAGCCCAUCUUUCUCAACACCUUUGGGAGCUGGUUUUACUACACGACCGACGACGUCGUGUACCUCACGCUCCACAACAUCACUGGCGACAAGCUCGGCCGGCUCUUUACCUCGUUUUCGUUUCCAAAGACGGAGGUCUCGACGGCGCAGAUGGCCAAAAUUCUGCCGACACAAGCCGCCGUCCUCGACAUGUACCGCGUCAACGAGCUCCGGUCGAUCACAUCCACGGGCUGCUUUGCAGCGUGGAACGGCUCGGACAUCGUCGCCGACCCCGUGCUCUCGUCCUUGGCGUGUCAGUCGGUCGUUUGGUUUGACAUUGCCACAGUGGCCAAAGCCACGGCCAUCUCGAGCAUCUACCGCACAGUGUUUAUCCUCGGCGUCCUCGUCAUUGCGUCGCUCUCGUUCGUCCACGUCGCCCGCAUCAUCGUCCUCAACCCCAUCGAGCGCAUGAUGGCGACGAUCAAGCAGCUCGCCGAGUCGCCGCUCGGCCAGCACCUCAGCAUCGGUAGCGAGCAGCAGCGGUUUGCCAAGGAACAAGGCUUUGAGACGGCCGUGCUGGAAGCCACCUUGGACAAGAUCUCGGGCUUGAUGCAAAUGGCCAAAAUUCUGCCGACACAAGCCGCCGUCCUCGACAUGUACCGCGUCAACGAGCUCCGGUCGAUCACAUCCACGGGCUGCUUUGCAGCGUGGAACGGCUCGGACAUCGUCGCCGACCCCGUGCUCUCGUCCUUGGCGUGUCAGUCGGUCGUUUGGUUUGACAUUGCCACAGUGGCCAAAGCCACGGCCAUCUCGAGCAUCUACCGCACAGUGUUUAUCCUCGGCGUCCUCGUCAUUGCGUCGCUCUCGUUCGUCCACGUCGCCCGCAUCAUCGUCCUCAACCCCAUCGAGCGCAUGAUGGCGACGAUCAAGCAGCUCGCCGAGUCGCCGCUCGGCCAGCACCUCAGCAUCGGUAGCGAGCAGCAGCGGUUUGCCAAGGAACAAGGCUUUGAGACGGCCGUGCUGGAAGCCACCUUGGACAAGAUCUCGGGCUUGAUGCAAAGUCAUUUGGACACUGCAGAGUUUGCGUUUGCAGUCGUCGGAGAAGAUGUUGAGGUGGCGUUGCAGACUUUCCAGCACCUCAUCCCCCAAGAUGCCUUUACACUGAGCGCCGUUUACUGGGCGCCACGCACACCGUGGAAGGAGCGCUGGAGCUCUGCCUCGCCCAUGAGCAGCAUCAGCAGCCCGCAGCGGAACCUCGACCACGCGAUCAAUGAUGUCGACGCCAAGGGCCGGGCGCAGCUCGCGCGCGCGUGUGCCAAGGGCGACUACGACACCGUCACGAAGCUCCUCCUCCACCCCAAGAUCGACAUUGCCCUUGAGGACAACGCGGGUGUCUCGCCGCUCGAGCACGCCGAGAAGCACGGCCACCACGCUUGCGCCACCGCUUCGUCGGCGUUGUACUCGGUUUUGAACGACAGCAUCGUGGACGAUGGCGGCGCCAAGCACGACCUCCUGCAACACGUCGUGCUGCAGCGCGUGCUGGACGUCAAGUGGGAGCUGUUCGGCGCCCGCAAGUACUACCAGCACCUGCUCAUGCACGUCCUCAUGCUCGGCGCCAUGACCAUGAUCGUCUCGACGCAGUUCAUUCUGAAAGCGAUCUCCAAGAUCGCAGACGCGUUUUACGAAGCCACAGCGGCCAACGACACGACCAAGGCAGACGAGCUCUACGCCGAGUACGCCAAGAAGGUUGGUCUCCAGUCAAGUGCCGUUGUCUGGCUCUUCUCGGUCGUGUUUUGCCUCGUUGGCUUUGUGCACCUUCGCCAGCUCAAGCCCGAGCGCUUCCUCAAGCUCACGCGCUGGAUGUACGACGGCAAAAAUGUGCUCGACCCACAUUUUGUCAUUCCGCACGUUGCCAAGUACAAGCAGAAGGUGCGCGCGUGGCUUCUCAAACGCACGAUUCUCUGGACGUUCGUGAUUGCGGUACCGCUGCUCGUUGUGACGUGCACGCUCGACGACGAGGGGCAGUUUGCCGUGCUGCAGUGCCAGUCGUACGCUGCCUUUGGCAUCCUCCUCAUCACGGCCGUGUACUUUCUCGUGCUCGAGUACCUCGAGCUCCUCGGCGAAGAUCCGUGGAUUUUCGAGCGCAUCGAAGGCGCCAAUGUCCUCGGCAAGCUCUUCUGGUCGUUUGUGCUUGUGUUUCUGCUGCCGUUCAUCGUGCCCUUCAAGGCCUCGUACCGCAAGUACUUUGCGUCGUUCAACAACAAGCUCCAGAUCACGACGUACCUCUGCAUGCUCGGCCCGUUUGCUUGGACGCACGCAGCCCUGCAUAUCUUCGACUACCCAGCGUACGAGACGGCCGAGGUGAUUGAGAACAUCUACCUCUGCCUCGGCGCCUUCAUCAUUUUGAGCCUCUGGAUGCUUUCGCUUCAGUACCUCGAGGUCAACAAGACCGCCGGGUACCUCCUCCCGAUCGUCAAGGACGUCAUGGGCGACGUGUGGGACUUUCUCAUCUUCUACGGCGUCUUCCAGUGCGGCCUCACGUGCGCGUAUUACUUUAUCUUUCAGCAAAAGUCCGACAGCUACAAGACGCUCUGGGCCAGCUUUCGCGCGUCGUAUUUUGUCAUGUACGGCGAGAACGGCGUCGGCGACUUCAACGCCAAGGGCGACGACAAGAAGCACCUGCUUCAAGGGCCGAUCAUGCACUUUGGCUUCAUUCUGCGCAUGUUCCAUUGCGCGGUCAUGGUUGUGCUCCUUCUCAACUUGCUUUUGGCCAUGAUGAACAAGACCGUCGAUCGCAACUGGGCCAAGCUGCAGUCGCGGGCGUUGGCGAGCUACGCGCGGUGCGUGCUGCGCCUCGAGACGAUGCUCGGGCUCACGGAGGCCGACCGCGACGCGUUGAACCGGAUAGUUUUCCAAAAUCAAUGGUGCGGCGAGCGCACACCGUUGGUCGGCAGUAACCAGCCAGCGCUCAACCCGAUCUUCACCGAGCCCGUGCUCAAGCAGUGCUUGACGGCAAGCGCGCCCAUCGGCGAUCGUGAUGCAAUGCAGGAAGCCAAGGUUGCAGACGCAACUCUGCGGAGCGCGGCCGCGGUCAAGCAACUGCAGGCGGCGAUGACGGACAUUGACGCCAAGCUUGAGGCCCUGAGCACCGCCUUGCAGCAAACAUCGGCUUUGCAACGAGAGCUCCCAACAAAGAUGUGA